AUGGCUACUAAGAUCAACGAUCCUGAAGUCCAGCAACAUGCCUUGGAAAGACAAAGUAAUAACCCACCAUCAAUUGGAGAUGAAGGCUCAGAAUGGGAGGUUCACCUGGCUGUACCCGAACCAGCAAUGCAGAAAAAAGAACAGGCCAAGAAAGCAGAGGAACAACCGCGUGAUACUAAGGAAGCAGUGCCCUCGCAACCCAUGACUGCUAAAUUUGGCGAGCGGCCUUUCGAUUUCUCGCUGCCAGAGGACCAUCCUCAGGCUCUUCUGCCAUCAAUUGAUAUUCGAGGCACCGGACGGAAACCUCAAACCGCUGUUGCCAAUCCAGCAAGGCAAAAAAAAGGACGAACCAGAAAACCAAAUGACCGCUUGCGUGUUAUGAAGGAAGCGGGCCCCAAACAAUCAAUGCCUGCUACCUUCGGCCAGAGGCCCUUCCAAUUCUCACAGCCAGACGAAGAACCCGAAACAGAGGAAGAGGAAGAGAUUCCUUCCCAAGAACGAAUUUCUCGGGACAAGUAG